AUGUACAAACAGUUGAGCAUUGUCGGUGAGCUGGAAGGAAAGCCAGGUUACUUAGCCUUUGGAGGUGUUGUGAUGUCACACGAGACGUACUGCUCGCCUCAACCGUCAACUGCUCAGAAAGCUUGCAGACAAACUCUAACAAGUAGCCUCGGAUUCAUCGUUUCACCGCUAUAUCCAGGAUAUUACCCAAACAACGUAACAUGCAGCUGGCACGUGAUCGCUGAGGAAAAUCACAUCAUACGUCUCCAUUUUCAGUCAUUUGCAGUUGAGCCUCACCCCACGUGUGCUAAUGACUACGUAGAAGUUCGAGACGGUGGAAAUCACGUGUCACGAAACAUAGGAAGAUACUGUGGCCAUACAUACCCACUAGUGAUAGAAUCAUCUUCAAACACAUUAACAAUAAUAUUUAGAGCAAAUGAAGCUGGCAUUUAUACAGGAUUCAAACCGAACUACACUACUAAACCAGGAAAAAGGACCUUUUGCAUUGAAGAUUGUCCUCGAGGCUGCACUUGCGCGAAAUUACCCGGAAGUGACGUCAUGGUGUUGGUAGAGAGUGACUCUUUGGUUUCUUUACCAGGUCAUUACCCAGAAACCACAGCAUUCAUGCUGUUUGGUGAAAACAGAAUAAGUCGGGUUAAUGCCAGAGAUUUUCCCAGACUCCAGUUUCUCAUGUAA